CUAGAAGUGAGGUUAACAUGUUUAAAAGUUACUAUAUUAAGAAACAAAUUACUUUAAAUUUAAAUUGUAAACAAAUUAUAGUAUAAAUAUGUUUCCAAGCUUGGUAAGAAGAUUACUAGUACAAAGAAGGUACUAUAGUAGUCAAGUAAAAUCAAAUGUACAAAUGAAUCCCAAUAUUAAACCUUUAGAAAAUAUUAAAGCAGAUCUGAAUAUUACAGACUCCUGUGUAAAACGUCUCAAAAAAAUUACUAGUGACACAAACGAAGUUUUAAGGGUGUCUGUCGAAGGGGGAGGAUGUUCUGGCUUUCAAUACAAAUUUGACCUAGAUACAAAGAUUGAAGCAGAAGAUAAAAUUUUUAAAAAGGAUGGUGUGACAGUGGUGGUAGAUACUAUUUCUCUGGAUUACAUUAAAGGAUCGACCAUAGAUUAUGAUGAAGAAUUAAUUAGAUCAUCUUUUAAAAUAGUAAAUAAUCCUUUGGCAGAACAGGGCUGUUCAUGUGGAGCAUCAUUUGCUGUGAGAUUAGAUUAAAUUUGUUUAUAAUUUAUUAGACCUCUUACUUUGUGAUACUGUGUGACUUGUGAUAAUAAAAGAUUUAGUUCUAUUAAGUUUA